AUGCCGGGGACAGUGGCAGACGGACCUACGGUCUCCAUGUCUUUUGCCAACAAUUUUUGGGGCAGAGAUGACGCAGGACUUCAACCAAUGUUGGACCGUGUGCAUAAUUCAAAGAUCACCAACGACGAAUUGAAAGUGUUCUACAGCAUUCGAGCCUCUAUCGAAGAUGAAUAUGCACGAAAACUUCAAGCUCUGUGUCGCAAGUCAUUAGGAUCAAGCGAGAUGGGUUCGCUCCGAGCCUCUCUCGACGUGGUUCGUGGUGAGACCGAAGCGAUCGCAAAGGCACAUUCCGCCAUUGCAGGACAAAUGAAGACCGAACUGGAGGAGCCACUUGCUGCGUUUGCUAGCGGGAUCAAGGAGCGACGAAAGAUCAUUCAACAGUGCAUCGAACGCUUACACAAGACGAAAAUGCAACAGACACAGCUUGUCAACAAAACGCGUGAUCGUUACGAACAAGAUUGUCUCCGCAUCAAGGGAUAUCUCGCGCAGGGCCACAUGGUCAUGGGCCAGGAAGAGCGCAAGAACAAGGCCAAGCUGGAGAAGACACAGAUCCAGAUGGCAUCAAAUAGCCAAGAAUACGAAGCAGCCGUCAAACAACUCGAGGAGACAACUGGACGCUGGAAUAAGGAAUGGAAGUCAGCAUGCGACAAAUUUCAAGAUCUGGAAGAGGAGCGUCUGGACUUCACAAAGAGCAGUCUGUGGACCUACGCUAACAUUGCUUCGACUGUUUGUGUUAGUGACGAUGCUUCAUGCGAGAAAGUCCGUCUCUCCUUGGAGAACUGUGAAGUGGAGAAAGAUAUUAUUUUCUUCAUCAAGGAGCGGGGAACUGGACAAGAAAUCCCAGAUCCUCCCCGAUUCAUCAACUUUUGCAAGGAUGAUGACUCAAGCUCUGAGAUAGAUGAAGCUGAGUGCUACUCGGUAGCCCAGUUCCAGCGCACCAUGAACCCUGCAUUCCGCACAUCUUCUCCUCAGCCUUCAACAUUUGAUUCACACCAUGAUCCACAGUCAGACCUCGCGGCUCAGAUGGGACACCCUGCUCCUCCUGCCAUUAGCGAUGCGCCAAAACCUCGGGAACAGGCACUCCCACAGCAGCAACUGCCACCCUUGCAGCAGCAACAUGAAAGGUUCAUGCAACAGCAGCCUCUCCUACAGCAGCAACCUCCACCAUUACAGCAGCCUGAAAGGUUCAUGCAACCGCAGUCUCCCCUACAGCAGCAACUUCCACCAUUACAGCAGCAGCCUGAAAGGUUCAUGCAACAGCAGUUUCCCAUACAGCAACAACCACCACCUUUACAGCAGCCUGAAAGGUUCAUGCACCAGCAGCCUCUCCUACAGCAACAACCACCACCUUUACAGCAGCAGCCUGAAAGGUUCAUGCAACAUCAGCCUAUCCUGCAACAGCAGCCCCCACUACAGCCACAACCCCAGCAGCCUGCGCCUCUGGACUUCCGUCGUGGCGGCGCACCGCCUCCUAACUAUGAUCCUGACCAACAUGGAGAGAUUGGAGCUGUUCCCCACAAUGCCUACCCCACAGAUGGUAUGACCAUGUUCUGUCGUGCUGGUCCACCCUCAGAGCGAAGCUCGGCGACCAGUGCGUAUCGCCCGUCUAGCCGUGGCUCUCAGAGUGAGGUUUCGAACCCAACCUCUGUGUCAAGUGUGGACGAGACGCCUACGAAGAAGUCUGUAGUAAAACCAACGAACACUGCGCCGACGCCAAUUUCCGGAGAUGACAAGUCACCGAAGAAGAAAAGCGCUUUCUUCAGUAACAGUCCGUUCCGUCGCAAGAGUCGCCACGAUAAAGAAAGGCCAGUUAUUUCUUCAAAGCAAGUCGCCACCUCCCAGCCGGUUGCUUCACCCCACCCUGCAUCUCGCGGUGGCUGGGAUUCUCCAACGAAACAAAUCAGUCCAACAAAGCAAAUGAGUCCUCCUAAGCAGGUGAUCCCGCCCAAACAAGUCACCAGUCCUCCCAAGCAAGUGAGCGCUCCCACACAAGUGAGCCUACCCACGCAAGUGAGCCCGCCUACACAAGUGGACCCGCCCAAGCAAGUGAGUCCGCCUACACAAGUGAGUCCGCCUACACAAGUGAGCCCACCCAAGCAAGUAAGCCCGCCCAAGCAAGUGAGCCCUCCCAAGCAAAUGAGCGCUCCCACACAAGUGAACCCGCCCAAGCAAGUGAGUGCGCCUAAGCAAGUGAGUGCGCCUACACAAGUGAGCCCGCCCAAGCCGGCUAGCCCAACCAAACAAGUCAGCCCAGUCAGACCUUCAGCAGGACCGUCGGGUCGUGUCCCUGGCAGCCCGGAGCCUGUUGAUCCUCGAGCAAACUUCCAGCUUAAUGUCGGGAAUAAUGUCUUUGACGUUGCACCACCCCAACAGAGCUCACCCCAGAAAGGAUCACAGCCAAACCAGGCGCCCGAAGAUGAAUUGGACCCUAUCGCACGGGCUCUAGCGGACCUCAAGACAAGCGGAAAGCAGUCAGCAACUCGGGUGUCGGCAGAUCGAUAUCAUGGAAUCUCCACACCCACUGCAUCGGCACAAUCUUCCACAUAUGGUGGCAGUAAUGCUAGCGUUGCUGCUCCACCACCAGCAUACAAUGAUCCCACGGUCAAGCGACUCGGCGCACCUCAGCCGGCCUUCACAGCAAAGCAGAUGCACAAGACGACCCAGAAGUACACUGGCCAAACCCAGAGCAUGCUUCGAGGACAAAAUAGUAGCAUGGGGUCUAGACAUAGCGGUCAAACCCAAGAAGCCCCCCGAGCUAGAUCACCAGCGCCAGCACCGAGACGGAGCGUCAGCCCUCAGCCCCCUCCUCCCCGUGUGGAUACUCGGAUGAGCCAUCACAGUAGCAGAAGCCAGAACAGUGGCAGGGCUCCGAGCCCUAGUCCGAGUUCUUACCAGUCUAACAGCAUGCGAAGCCAAUACAGCCCAUCGCCCACUCCCCAGCGUACUCAAGAUCCACCCUACUCUCCAAACGAUUUUGCUCGGAGGGUCUCGCCCGCUAUGAGCCACCGUGCUGUAUCUCCGCAGCCCCAGUUCAGGCAGCAAGUUCGUCCUUCCAGUGCUGGUGGCAUGGAGCUGCAGCUGUCUGGAAGCCACGACAUGUACGGUUCGAGCAGUCCCGGUGGAUAUGCCGGCUCGGUUCGAGGAAGCAGCCGCCCCUCAUCGACUUAUGGUGACGGUCCGCCUAUUGGCCGAUCCCGGAGCCGCACUAUGGCUGUUGCAGAACCUGGACGCAAAUUCAGUCGUGAUGGCCGUCCAAUCUUGCACUUUGCUCGUGCUAUGUACACCUACAAUGCCGCCAUCCCUGAAGAGCUUAGCUUUGGCAAGGGCGAUGUUCUUUCCGUUAUCCGCCUGCAAGACGACGGGUGGUGGGAAGCCGAAGUCACCAACGCCCGUAGCCACCCUGGCCUCGUGCCAAGCAACUAUCUGCAAAUCAUCUAA